AUGGUGUUCGCGAGCUUACUUCUGCUCGUCCUCGGCGCGAUCGUGAGUCAGACCACCCAGGUCGCCGCACUGGGAUCAGCAUGUGGUGUGCCUCUCACUACAGGAAACGCAUUGUGGGGAGAGCCUUACUGGCUUGAGCACAUCCACCAUCAGGGUGUGGCACCUUUUGCACCUAAUGCGACAAAAUACAAAGUGUUCCGGAACGUGAAGGAAUACGGAGCUGUGGGUGAUGGUGUGCAUGAUGAUACUGCUGCUAUCAAUGCUGCAAUCUCCACCGGUAGUAGAUGUGGUAACUUGACUUGCGGUUCAUCAACAACCACUCCGGCAGUGGUCUACUUCCCAACAGGAACCUACCUCGUGUCUGCUCCACUUCAUGCAUACUACUACACAGUCAUGGUGGGCGACGCAAGAACACCCCCGACGUUGCUUGCCAGUGCUAACUUCACAGGAAUAGCUGUAAUUGACGGUGACCCGUACACAAACAAUCAAAACUGGUAUGUCAACCAGGUUAGCUUCUACCGGUCAGCGCGUAAUUUCGUUAUCGACCUCACACGAAUGCCUGCGAAUGCCUCGGCCACUGGCAUUCACUGGCAAGUCUCACAGUCGACGUCGCUGGUCAACGUGGUAGUCAACAUGUCUACCGAACCUGGAAACAAUCACCAGGGCAUGUAUAUGGAGGAUGGAAGCGGUGGCUUUAUGGGAGAUCUCGUAUUCAACGGUGGAAAGUAUGGUAUCUGGGUCGGAAACCAACAGUUUACCGUGCGUAAUCUCACUGUCAACAAUGCAAACACAGCUGUGUUCGGAUCAUGGAAUUGGGGAUGGACAUACCAACGCGUCAUAAUUAAUGACUGUCAAGUCGGUUUUAAUCUUUCGGGUGGCGGGAAUGGAGGAGAGGCCAUCAUUGACGCAGUGGUCACAAACACUCCUGUCUUCAUCAAGACACCCAAGCCGACAAAUGGCUCUGUUUCAGGAUCCCUCGUAUUGAAUAACAUCCAUCUCAACAACGUUUCCACAGCUGUCAUGGAAAACGGUACUGCUAUCCUUGCUGGUGGAACAAGGACCGUUGACUCGUGGGGCAAGGGUAACAUUUAUACAGGAACGCACCCGAACGGAACGUUCACACAGGGCAAGAUACACUCUGCACAUAAGGAUUCGGUCCUUUUGGACCAUAAUGGCUUCAUCGUCAGCAAAGGACAUCCCAUGUAUGCUGACUAUUCAGUCGACCAGUUCAAGAGCGUCAAGUCAUUGGGGGCCGUUGGAGAUGGGAUUGCGGAUGACACUGAAGCUAUCAAAGCUGUGCUCGCAAAGUACGCUGGAUGCUACAUCAUAUAUUUCGAUGCUGGCAUCUAUAAGGUUACUUCGACUAUACAGGUUCCGGCAGGAACACGAAUUGUUGGAGAGGCUUGGUCCCAGAUUAUGGGCGCCGGCCUCAAUUUCAAUAAUAAAGAAGACCCGAACGUUGUUGUACAAGUCGGUACACCGGGCUCGCAGGGCAUUACGGAGAUUACAGAUAUCGUAUUCACGACGCAAGGACCAGCUGCAGGCGCCAUUGUCGUGGAGUGGAACGUUCGCGAUCCCCCUGGUCUCCAAGGAGCUGCAGGAAUGCUCGGCGGAGGCAAGUUUAAAGUUUUAUCACAUGCGGACGUUGACUUAUCAUUCUUUAUUCUAGCUAAUGGGACCCACCUCCAAGACGCAGAGUGCCCCGCGGGAUCCUUUAAUCCAGAAUGUUUUGCAGCUUUCCUGGCUUUGCACAUCACGUAUGGUGCAUCUGCUUACCUUGAGGGAACAUGGGUUUGGCUGGCGGAUCACGAUCUCGACGGCUCUCACCAGCUAACCUUGUUCAGCGGGAGAGGAAUUUUGUCCCACUCUCAGGGUCCUGUCUGGAUGAUUGGUACAGGCGAGUUUGUCCUUCUAAGCACAAGACGGAUGUUCUCUACAGCGGAACAUCAUGUGCUCUACCAGUAUAGUUUAGUUGGAGCGAAAAACCAUUACAUGGGUCUGAUCCAGACUGAGACGCCUUACUUCCAACCUGAUCCUGCACCGCCAGGGCCAUUCGAUAUCUCAAACGUUUACGACGAUCCGACGUUUGCAAAUGGCACAACUAUGGCUUGGGGUCUCUGGGUGCAAUCAUCCACUGAUAUCAUCGUGUUUGGUUCCGGUCACUACAGUUUCUUCCAGAACUACAGCACGGCAUGUGGGGGUAACACUACAUGUCAAACACAGAUCGUUAACGUGGACUGGACCUCUUCCAUCAGCAUCUACAAUUUGGCAACCGUGGGCACAAGAUACCAGCUUAGCAUCGAAGAGAACGGGAUCAUCUAUUUUGCGAACGACUCGGAAGGCUUUUCGUCCACUGUGACGCUAUGGAGCCCUGCACGAGCUAUCUACCCAUAA